AUGCCUAAAAGUAUUGCUUGGACAUUGCGAUCCAUUGAAAAGUUCCAUUGUGACAUCACUGAAACUCGCUUUGAAGAGACAUAUGGUCAGCUGAAGUUUAUGAUAGAUAAGGGAUUCAACUUAGCAAGCUCUCGUGAGGAAGAAGUACCCACUUAUGUUCGAGAGCCUAUUGUGGAGCUGCAUUGGGAAUCAUUCUGUGGACUGUGCGUGUGUUCCGAUGAGGAAGUGGUGAGGGAAUUCUACGCCAACCUCUUACCCUCUAGCACAGACUAUGUCAUUGUUCGAGAAAAUCGAGUACCAUUAACUUCAGCUGCCAUUAAUGUUAUCUUUGGUUUACCUGACAUUGACGAAGAGGAUGAUGACUAUGUCGCUAUGCUCAAGGAGUGGGAUUGGGAGCUAGCACGUGAGGUACUGGUUGCCACCUCAGUUGCGGGUACCAAAUGGGAAUAUUCUAAGCAAGGUUCACAUACUUGCCGUCGUAAAUUCUUAGUGCUAGCUGCCAAGUUGUGGAAAAUAGCUAAUAUGCAUAUGGGGGCAUUAGAAAGAGAGCACUAUAAACUGAGGCGUAUCACACCCUUCAAAAUUGAGCGUGUGCUAGUUGAGGGUGCUCAAGUUCAAGACCUCGAUCAGAACCCACAUGAUGAUGAGCCUGCCGCUAAUGUUGAGGAUAUUCCCUCUGUCUCUGUGCCUCUUAAUGUUGAAGCUUACCCUGCUGCUCAUGCCUCCUCUAGUGUUGCUCCUGUGGUUGACCCUCACCACAACAAUAUGAUGGAAAUGAUGCACUUUAUGCAUCAGCAGCAACAGGCUAUCUGGGGCUAUGCCCAAGUGCAAGGGGAUAAGGCUAGGAGACAUCUUAUUAGCUUUACAUUCUUACCUUACUUUCUUAGUUUUUUCUUAACUUCUCCCUUUAAUUUUCUGAUUAUGGGUUGUAUUUAUUAUUUGGGUGUAUUUGAAUAUAAUCCAGGGACCAAUACAAAAUCUACCCGACAGAAUAUGAGUUGCCUUCAGACCGUGGCAAUUCCAACGGUCAUAUUUCCCCAGACUACCGGAUCGACCAAAAUGACCGAGUCAGCUCUCUAUAACGACGACCACCACCAGAAAAACUGUAGCCACAUCCCUAAAAUCCCAAUCGAAAUCGUGAGCGAGGAAGAAAUGGUUUUACUUGAAGCUGCCAUGGUCUCGGCUCGCUCUUGCAUCUCGUCCUCGGCGAUCCCUGUUCUUCGUUCCUCUCAUCUUCACACCCAAGUUAGGUCCAUUCAGUCAAUUACCGCUCUCUCAAAGAGGGGUUUUUCGGGUUCCAAAGAACCAGAUAUGGAGGAUUUGGGCGAUUUCAGGAGUACCCAGAAGAAAACCCGGUUGCCUGACUCGUUCUAUCUGCGGUUUCGGAGCAAUAAAGGCUUGUUCGUCACUGAUUUUACUGACACGGAAUGGUGCGAAAAACAAAAGGAGUACAGUCUACUCGGCAAGCGAAUAGUCACUAGGGCUAUGAAAAAGGGUACUGCUCGCCAUGCCAAGCUUGAAGAAGAGGUUGUUACGAAAGUGAAGGUUAGUGUGAAGUCAGUUGAAGAUAGAUGGGCAUUGAAGCUUUUAAAUUUUAUAAUUGGAGUAAAUCAAUUAUUAUUUGAAGGAUUAACACGUGAGCUUCCAUUAGUAAGUUAUGUAGAAGGCGUCUGGAUUGUGGGAGUGAUCGAUGAAAUUCGAAUGCCUAUAACAGAAACUGAUAAACAUCCUUUGCUAGUUGACACAAAGACUCGUGUUAGACGUACACUUCCUUCUGAACCACAAAGAAGAAAUGGAAGGUUUCAAUUAAUGUGUUACAAGCGUAUGUGGGACACUUUAGUGAGUGACAAUUUCCCAACCAAAAAGUUCCUUGACUACUAUAACUUGAAUCCCUAUAACAUUUUGUCUGAAGAAAUCAUUGAGAGAACUGCGAAAGUUGGGUUCCCUGCGCAGACGCUGCAGGAUGUGAUGAAGUACUACUCAAAUACAUGUAGUGUGCUGCCUUUUUCUCAUGACAACAUGUUAUUAAGAUACGAGUCCCAACAAGACAAUUCACUGCUUGGUGAAGAUCAUUUUGCAUACGACUUAGAUUGGCUUCAGAAACAAAUCCAUGUUAGUCUUGAGUUCUGGCACGGAAAGCGGGAAGCAAGUUACACUCCCGAGGAAGAGCAUUGGAAAUGUCGGGUCUGUCAAUUCGCUCAUGAGUGUCCUGGAAAUGCCUAUAGUAACAGUAGUUCUUCAAGCCCUACUAACUUAAGCCCUUCAAGCCCUACAAUUUCCACUCCUGAUAAUAAUCCAAGAUGCUAGAGAGACACACCAUCAACUACUUCUGUUGUUCCCAACCAAUUUCCUCUACUAAUUCAGCAUCGUAAACAGAAAAGUUUACACAACAUCAAGGGGUGAAUUGAAUCAAAGUUGCUACCCUUGCAAUUCUUUGUCAAAGAAGCUACAGUUUUUUUUCCGCAUUACUCGGUUAUUUGUUGUACAUUAUAUUGAUGUGCCUGGUAUUGUGAUACAAAUAGCCUGUUUGUUGUCUGAUUCUUUGUUGCAUGUAUAAGUCAUUUAUUAAUUAUGAAGUUCUUUACAUAGGAACUGUGUAGCAUAAAUCAUGAAAGGUGUGCUUAGCUAUAUCUUUAUAUAUUAAAAGUGUUUAUACGAUAGAAAA